AUGGAUUUAGCAAGACAGGUUUUUAAUCAUUUGAGAAGAAGAGAUGUUGGGGUUUGGAAUGCACUUAUAGGAGUUAUGUCAAAUGGGUGCUAUAGAGAAGCCUUGGACUUGUUCCAAGACUUGGAAAUGGAUGGGUUCGAUCCGGAUGAAACAACACUGAUUAGCACGUUAACUGCUUGCCGGCAUAUCGGAGAUCUGAAUGUUGGAAAGAAGAUUCAUAAAUGCAUAGAAGAGAAGUGCAUUCAUGGGUAUGCACAAGAUGCACUUGAUCUAUACGAAGAAAUGUUAGGUACUGGUUUGAGGCCAGAUGGUGUCACAUUUGUGGGUGUUUUAUGUGCUUGUAGCCAUGCUGGAUUAAUUGACCAAGGGCUGCAUUACUUUCAGUCCUCGAUGAAUACCUAUAAGAUUUCUCCUACUGCUGAGCAUUAUGGAUGCAUCAUAGACCUCCUUAGCAGGUCAGGACGCCUAAGCGAAGCAUAUGAAAUCAUGCUCUAUGAAGAGUCAACCAAAUCCAAUUAUUUGGAGGGCACUCUUAAGUGCUUGUAG